AUGGAACCCAGAUCUCGACACAGUAAGAGGAAAGGUGUGUUCAUGAAAGGUCAGUUGAAGCUCUCGGUGUACCUAAACUACGGUCUCGUCACGGUGCACGUGGUCCAGGGGCGACAUAUCAGUUCCGGCUCCCAGCUGCAGCCGGAUACGUUCGUCAUGAUCUCCCUAAUCCCCGACGACGACGGGGUCGCUCCGACCCGCUGCCGGACAGGCGUGGUGAAGAACUCGAGUUGUCCGGUUUUUAACGAGAAGUUCUCAUUUGAGGUGGGAGAAGAGGACGAAUCACGGCGCGUGCUGAUAGCAGUGUGGAACAGGAACCCAACGUCUGGGAGCACGGAGUUUAUGGGAUGCAUGUCGUUUGGUGUUUAUCAUCUGCCCAAAUCUGAAGUGCUUCCGGAAACGCGCUGGUACCAACUUCUCUCAGAAGCAACCGGCUGCCGAAAACACCUGACCGUCCCUUCCAGGAAUAGACCUCAUCUUCCUGUCUUGCAGACCAUGGAGCUGCGACCAUCACCGAUCGUAGAGUAUCUAGUUCCGGAAGUAAACCAGUCGGUUCCCGACGACUCCCGUCACGUGAUCUCGGUGCUACGCUCUUCACGCGGUUCGUUUGGUUUCUCUGUGGUAGACGCGUGUCCUGCCAAGGUCGGUCGCGUGGACGGGUCGUCAUGUGCUGAGAUGGCGGGGCUCCGAACUGGUGACCUCAUCAUCCGGGUCAACGGUGAGAACGUGUCACGGUCGACGUCUGUAAGCGUCUCUAAAUGCAUUAGAAGCAGAGUUAAUGUUGUGGACCUCGAGAUACACCGCCCAAGCGCUAUACCCCCCACCCACACCCCGCUCUACGGUCACGUCGCCAAAGCAACCAGCUCAGACAGCGACGACUGCGGUCCCACUUCCGUACAGGAUUACACGCUCUACGACGAUAGAGCGGCGCUCGUGGACAGCACCGUCGUCAGCUUCAAUCCCUUCCGGUUGCUCCGGAAGUUGAGAACGAAAACAUGCUACGCGUUCUCCCAUUCUCGACCUAUUAGAUUGUAGCUGUGAACAAGACCUGCCUUGAUGUGCGACAUUAUAGAUUUCUACAACGUGUACUUUGCACAGGUGCUUCAAACUUCGAAUUAUUAUUCAGGACAACAGACAGAUGUGAAAGAAACAUUGACAUUGUACAUGUGCUGACCUUAUGCCUAUUCCUUUCAUAUUAUGCAGCAUAUCGAAUCAAACGAUUGUUUAAUAAUAUAACGCUUUGACUUUUUCUAGUAUUGGUUGAAACAACAUGUCGUUAGCGAUCCGAUUGUGUGCUUUACUAGUAAAUAUAGAAAUGGUCAUUAAACAAAGUCAUAAAUAUAAAAAAUACAAAGUAUGGUAAAUAGCUGUAAUUACUUCUAAGCGAAAGUCACCACUGUAAGUUAUACAAUGAUACUAUUGGCUUUGCGCCACGAAUGUACAUACAACAUACGAUGUUUAUAGUGCUCACAUAGUGCUUUUAUAUGCAUGAACUUUACGUAUGCAAAAUCGCAAAUUGUUGUAAUGUUGUUAAAGUGAUUGAGUCAUAAAAGUCGAUGACAAUGUAUAUAACUUCUUAUAUUAUUAUGUAAGUUUUGCCUCGAUUUAUCAUAUCAUAUUUAAAUGUAAAUAGAAAAUCUAGUCUUUGUUACACGAGUGCAUCCAACAGUGUUUUUUUUAAAUUCGUUCAUCAACAUAAUAAUAAAAUAAAUUUUAUGUACAAAGACAAAAACAGGAUAUAAAUCGAACAGAUCAUGAAUGGAAUUUAAUUUCCUGUACUCCCUAUGUAUUUAAAUAAAA